AUGGGAUCAAAACCGACGCCGCGGCAAGUUGUCGUCAUCCUGGCUGUGAAGCAAGAUACUACGCAGUCAAAGGAGGACAGAAUCCUAGUGUGUUUAGUCAAGUCACGAAAGCAUGAAAAUAAAUGGGUGCUGCCGAAGGGCGGUGUCGAGAAGAAUGAGACGGUAGAAGAGGCUGCAGUUCGAGAGCUUUGGGAAGAAGCAGGGAUACGAACCAAGUCUUUACGUCCUUCAUGGACAGAAGCACGCAAUAGAGUGUCACAUGCUGACCGAAGGCCGCAUUCUAAAUGCCCCAAAGAGCUGAUUGGGACGGACAAAAUGGUUCCUAAAACAAUGUACGAACUGGAGGAACUUAGUGUGACAGAUGAUGAGAUGAUGGACGAAUGGCCUGAAAUGCAUGAGCGAGAGCGCCAAUUCUUCCGGUGGGAAGAAGCGAAAGAACUUGUAGCGUGGCGGGAAGGUAUGCGUGAGCUCAUGGACAAAUCCAACAUUGAACAAACGGGAUUCAUUGAGGUAGCAAGGGCGCAUUAA